AUGGCAUCCAAACUCAUCAUCUUUAUUGCAGCCAUCGCUUACGCUAGAGCAGGAUUUCUUCAUAAUUCUCCCGUACAAACUCUAUCCACCAGCCCUGUUUCAUACUCCUUACCUCUUUCCUAUCCAGCACCUCAAUUGAUCAGAUCAGCACCUGCACCUGUAUUUGGAACCACAGUCCCACUUUCCUUCGCUCCAUCAGCACCUGUAUUUAGAUCAGUGGCCCCUCUUACUUACUCCGCACCAGCACAACUUUCCUUCGCUCCAUCUGCACCUGUAUUUAGGUCAGUAGCUCCUCUUUCUUAUGCUGCACCUGCACCCAUAUUAAGGUCAGUAGCUCCUUUUACUUAUGCAGCAUCUGCACCAGUAGUUAAAAGUGUAGGUCCUCUUCCACUUUCUUUCGGUGCUCCAGCUCCUCUUCCUCUUUCCUUUGGCGCUCCAGCUCCUCUAACUUAUGCCGCCUCAGCUCCAGUUUUUACAGCUCAACCAGCUCCUCUGUUAGCUAGAAGUUAUGCACCUGCUGUUGUUUCGUCGCCGCUUGUAUUAAGAAGUGCAGCUCCAGUGAGGUACGCUGUUUCUGCUCCUGUUAUUGCUGCUCAAUCUGCUCCUCUUAUUAGAACCGUUGGUCCAGCUGUUCAACCCUGGUGA